CUGUCAUCCAAAAGAUGACUAUCAUCAUCAUUUCAUAGCGAUGAGCAAGUUCUUUGAUAAAUUGGGUAAGAAAGCUGCCAAUCUCGGCCAAAUUGGUCAUUCGAACGAAGGACAGUCCAAUCACGCAAGAGGAGAAUGGCAAGAUGCUCCAUUUGAUGCACAUCCAAACAAACAUCAAAUUUAUACUUAUCGCAAGCAAAGAGGUGUGAACUUGGGCAGCUUGUUCACUUUGGAAACAUGGCUUACACCUAGCUUGUUCGAAGGCGUUCAAGGAGCAAGAAGUGAAUUUGAUUUGUGUAGUGCCCUUGAUGGCAAUACCGUCCGUCAAAGAUUAGAGAAACAUUGGAAUACGUUUGUCAAUCAGGGAGAUUGGCAAUGGAUGAAAAGUAACGGAAUCAAUACUGUCCGUUUACCGCUUUCGUAUUACCACUUCUUGCCAGGACAUCCUGAUACAAAUGUGAGAGGAUUAAUGGCUGAUACAGAAUACGAACGCUUCAGUCCGAUUUAUCAAAAUGCACAUCAAUGCAUCCUCAAUAUCAUCCAAGCAGCCGGUUCACAUGGCAUUGGCGUUUUGAUAGAUUUGCACGGCGCUCCGGGCGGACAAAAUGGCGAAGGUCAUUGUGGUUUAUCAACCGGAAAAGCAAACUUUUUCGAAAAGAGUAAAAAUCGAAAAAAUACAAUUUCAAUCCUUUUGGCAAUCGCUGCAACAAUUACGCAAUACGAAAAUGUGAUCGGAUUAGAAUUGAUCAAUGAACCACAAAAUCAUCAAAAAUUACCUCAGUGGUAUGCUGAUGCAGUUCAUGAGCUAUGCGAAAAGUACGGUACCCGAUUACCACUCUACCUUGGUGACUGUUGGAGUGUAGAACAAUAUUCUCAGUUAUUAGCUCAAAAUCGACAUUUGGGAUUCUUGGUGAUGGAUCAUCACUUGUACAGAUGCUUUACGUCAAACGAUCACUCCAAAUCAGCCAAACAACAUGCCGAAGAAAUUCAUCCAUCAAACAACGGACCUUCUUUGGGAUUAUUAAGCAAUGCAUCUGAUAAGUUGCAAGGUGAUUUUGUCAUUGGUGAAUGGUCUGCUGCUUUGCAUCAUACGAGCUUGCAAGGGCUACCUAGCCAUCAAGACGGUCAACGAGAAUGGGCAUUCGCACAAUUGGAAGCCUAUCAUCAAAAUUGUGGCGGCUUCUACUUUUGGACAUUGAAGAAAGAAGGUCCUCCAGAUGCAGGUUGGUGUCUCUAUUCUGCUGUAGAGCAAGGCGUUCUGCCUUCCGGUCUGGGAGCCCCGCAUGCUUCCAAGCCUGUCGAUCAGUUGGCAUCGUUUGGUGAAACAGAAGCAACGAAAGCUCAUGAAGGUCAUGUCAAUUAUUGGAACGCACAUGCCGAUGGAAAGCCGAUGAAUCAUGAGAAAUUCAAAGCUGGCUUUCAACAGCUCUGGGCAGACUGUUUGGCAUUUUACCAAUCCGAUGCAAGUCAAAUCGGAUUUUCCGGAAGAUGGACCGAACAGCGAGCCAAAGCAUACUCCAAACAAUUCGGAAGCGAGGGAGAGUGGGAAUAUGUGCACGGCGCAAGACAAGCCUGUCAAGCAUUCAAUCAUGCUAUUCACACCUGAAACCCUUUCAUCUUGUAUCCAUACCUUUUCAGUUUAAUAGAGUUUCCUAAUCCACAUUUUAGUCAGUCAAACCA